AUGGUUGUAAGCGGCACAGAGUUAGCAAAGAACAACACCAAAGACUCCUGUUGGGUCGUCAUCCAUGGGCAAGUAUGGGACGUAACAGACUUUCUGGAUGAGCAUCCCGGCGGCGCAAGACUAAUAUUCAAAUGUGCCGGCCGCGAUGCAACUGAAGACUACGACUCGAUCCAUAACCCAGACCUAAUAGCAGAAACACUCUCACCAGAACGCUGCCUCGGCCCCGUAGAUCCUUCAGCUCUCCCCCAGGAAUCGUCAUCACCACCAGAACCGGAGAAGCCAAAACCCGCCUUCCCUCAUCUAGGCGCCAUCAUCAAUGCGGAUGACUUCGAGAAGGUAGCGGAGAAGUACCUCUCUGAGAUCGGAUGGGCGUAUUACUGCUCCGGCGCAGAAGACGAGUACAGUAUCCAAGACUCAAGGCGCAUUUUCCGCAGACUCGCGCUGCGUCCAAGGGUGCUCCGAAACGUCGACUCCAUCGAUACGAGUAUCUCUAUCCUCGGCCUUCCGUCAUCGCUCCCGUUCUACAUUUCGCCGACGGGACAGGCCAAGUAUGCGCAUCCUGAAGCCGAGACACUGCUCUCCAAGGCAGCGGGGAAGGAGGGCAUCUUGUACUGUAUGCCCACGAAACCCAGUGCUUCAAUCGACUCCAUCUUCGGCGCGAGGGUGAGCGAGACGCAACCGCUCUUCUUUCAGCUGUACGUGGACCGCAAUCGAGAAAAAGCUCAGGCGACGAUUCGCAAAGCGGAGAGCCUCGGGGCCAAAGCCAUCUUCGUUACUGUCGACUCGCCCGUCAUUGGAAAGAGGGAGAGGGACGAGAGGUUGGCGGUUGGCGAUGAGCCCAUGUCUGAACCCAGUGGCACGGCGAAGACGACGGCAACCGGCCUGCUGAACGCCGGGCUAGCCUGGAGCGACCUCAAAUGGAUCCGAGAAACGACGAAGUUGCCGAUCGUCAUUAAGGGCAUCCAGUCCGUGGAAGACGCACUCAUCGCCCACCAGCACGGCGUAGAAGGCAUAAUUCUCUCGAACCACGGAGGGCGAAGCCAAGACACGGCCCAGGCGCCGAUAUUGACGCUUCUUGAGAUCAGGAGAUACGCGCCGCAGCUCCUCGCCCCUGAGACCAAAGCCAGGUUUCAAAUAUUCGUCGAUGGAGGCAUCAGACGCGGGACGGACAUUCUCAAGGCGCUGGCUUUGGGAGCGAGCGCUGUGGGCAUCGGCAGGCCGUUUUUGUACUCCAUGACGGCGGGGUAUGGAGAGGCGGGCGUGAGGAGAUUGGUGCAGAUUUUGAGGCAUGAAUUGGAGACGAACAUGGCGCUUGCUGGGGCUGCGAGGGUGGAGGAUAUCGUGCCUGAGAUGGUCAAUAGUGAGAGGGCGGAGAAGGAGGUCACUGGACGGGUGAAGCUGUAG